CCCAGUGUCGGCAAAUUAAACAUUUGGCAACGUACAGUAGGUCUUUAAGAGAAAAAAUAGUACAUACACUAACCGAGGCGAGACAACACUAGAACUGUAAGAACACCCUCGUCGCUUACGCGAGGUUCUAUUUUCAGAGUAAGGUGGGUGGGUUAACGAGAGGCAAUGUAUUUAAAUGCGAGAUAAGUAGUGAAGCUCGCCCUGAUUACUUCCGCCUUGCGUAUAUGCCACUGUCCAUGAUUAUGAUAGUCACUGCUUUGUGAACAGAGGUUAGUGCCUAUGAUGCAAAUAUUCCACAAAAUACGCAGGUAUCGUUGCUGAUUUGGAUGGCUCUGGUAUUAGAUAAUAGUGUUCCCUUCAAAAGAAAUAUCCAUUUAGUUGUCAAAGUGGGGAUAUAGUCAUUAUACAGUGGUGAUUAUGGCUCGAGUAAGUGUUGGAUAUGUGAUUCGGCGGGUAUCAACCAUCAUUUUUGUUAUAGUGUUGUAUUUUUUCAUGUGGGGAGAUGAUAACAAUUCUACGCAACAACCACAGAGAAACGGGUCCUACAGUGUAGCUACGAACCAAUAUAGAGAUACGUAUGCGUAUGACGAAGACCCCCCUGCCGACUACGUGACCCUAGUAGAUCUACAGUGUCCUGACCAGCUUGAGGGCUCUCACACUACAUUCACCGACGUUCUCAACAACGUCAAUCAAUAUGAUGAUUCCAAAGCUGUGAUAGAAUGUGAUUUGUUACUGAGUGACGGUGUCGAGAACAACAACGUACGACGGAGUAUUAUACUCUCACAGCACGGUGGGGCUGCACGCAGGGCUAAGCUGAAGUCUUUCACCAUCACCUUUUUACCGGAGGAGAAAGUCUGGCGAGGUCUCGAUAAGCUCGUAUUGAAGAAAGAUCCGUCCGACAAGAGCGGCCUGCGAUCCAAAAUCCUAUUCGACACAUUUAAGGAGAUGCCGAGUUUUAACUCUUUACGCACUAAUUUUAUGGCUUUGAAGAUUCAGGUGCGCGCGAAAGACGGUGCAGUCGCUGAUCACGAUUUUGGUAUGUACAUCAAUUUCGAACCUGUUGACGAAUCUUUUGUGAAGCGACGGAAUUGGCUGGGGAAAGAACGGUACAAUCUGUACAAGAGUGUUAACUGGGACGGGCAGUCGGUGGGUGAUCUGAAGCUGACCUCUGACCCGGAAUUUAAUGACACUCUUUUUCGGGCUAUUAUGGACUACGAAGGCUCCGAUGAUCACACGCAGCUGCUACACAUGAUGAAAGACAUCAACGAAGUGAGUGAUACUGAUUUUCCGCAGACAUUGAGGAAAUGGUUCGACCUGGAUAAUUUAUCUCUAUGGGUGGCAUGCACGCACGCGAUACUGGGCGAUUGGGAUCACACGUCCAACAAUAUGGGAUUGUUCACCAACGACGAGCUUAAAAAGUUCUACUUCCAGCCCUGGGACUAUGACAAGAGUCUGCGUCUCAGUGGCGGCCAUUCACAGAUGGACACCUCAAUGUCUAGUCUUAACAAUCACUUCUUGUUCAGACGAAUCCUCAUUGCGUUGCCAGUUGAGUUCAUGGGUUUAGUCUGGGAGAAGGUUGUAAUUUUGACCGCUGAUGGAGCUCCCUUUUCUGAGGAACGUAUGGCGGACAAGGCAAGUAGGUAUGCAAGCGCAAUUCAAGCAUAUACUCAGCCGGGGACUGUGGAUGCGAUAUACAUAUCGAGGAAGCCUUGGUCUGAGCAAGAAGACGAUUUUUUUGGAUAUCUACACGACAACAAGCGAUGGUGGAAGUUCAAUAGCGAAAUACCAACGAGCGUUCUUCAGAUACCUAGCCACCCCAAACAGAUAGUGGACACAGGCGAGACUUUCUAUGUGAAGCUAAAAGCUGCCAUCUCUCCUGUGGGGUUGGAGGUGGAACAUCAAAUAGUAUUACAUACCGACUAUGAUCCCGAUGUGACUCAUUGGUACGCACGCCCUGAGAAGGUUAUUUGGCGUACAGCUUGGAUGAGCUUUGGUCGCCAAAUGAACUAUCUGGCGCUCGCGUUCACGAUUCCGCAAAAGAUCAUUGCUAGGUGUAGGAAAGAUGGACCAGGGAAUGAUUGCUGGGUGAAUACGCAUGCAAGGGAUAGUGAGGGCAAAUGGGGUUAUUUUGCACAGAAACCUUUGUACGUGGGGGUUGAAAAAUUGUUCAACUCAAUAGAAGAGGCGAUAACGUGGGAGGAGCUGUAUUUGGAAACUGGCGAUGAAGAUGAUUGAUUUCUAAAAGUUUCCUUUCCACGUUAAGAGCCAACUACUGCUGACCGAAUGCAUGAUAUCAAGCGAUCCAGAUUUCACAUUCAUCAGCCCUGCCUAGUUAGCCUUUCAGUUAAUUAUUUAAAAUAGUAUAUAAUAAGAUCAAUGGCGACUGAUAUCAGAUCAAUGACAGCGAGGGGAUGGCCAAGCAAGUGUGCAGGAGUGGGCUACGGUUCGACAGAUCAUUUUACUCUUGUGUGCCUUUGAAUCGUACAUAACAUCCUACUGAAUUGGAAUACAUUGUCAC